UUAUUUGUAACAGAAAUAUUUUCUUGAAAAUUUAUUGAUUGAAGUACAUUUUUCAUCCAAUGUAACCUCUUCUCUGACAAAGAAACGAAAAAGAUGCUAUAAUAAACUUGUCCAAGACGAGUUUUAAUGUUGAUUUCUAAUCUUUAGUGGCUUGAUAGUCCAAUAAAUAGUGUUUUAUGGAAAAAAACCCAUAUAAUUUUUGUCUUAGAUAAGACAAUUUUCGUCUUGCUACUGUGUACGACAAUAAUAAUAGGCAUUGGGUUCAAGGUCAAAUAAGAUUUAAUUGUAAAUUAAAAUAUUAAAAAGGAUAGUUCUGGAAGUUGAAAUAAUUUUAAUGUACCUAUUUUGAUAUGGCAAAUACUGGUUUAUUAAUAUUAACAAAUCCUGCAAAAGUGAGGAAGUUACUGCCUGUGAUCAAGAAACAUGUUUUGAAAACACUGUACAUUCAAUAUUUCCCAGAGAAGAAUAUUUUUGCAGGAAACUAUAGUGGUACAAUAUCACAAAAGAAAAGUCCUCAAUAUUCUAAGAAUAUUGCAGAUAUAUAUGUAAACACUUCCACAAUUGCCUCUCGACUUGAUAUUCGUGUCUUACUCACCAACAUGAAACAUCCUGGUAGAUCCAUCAUAAAUACUAAAAAACCAGUAGAGAUAGUAAUCUUUGAUCAAACAUGCAGUAAGAAAGAAGCAGAUACAUUCAUACAAGAUUGUUUAGCUAAUACAUCGAUGGAUUAUAGCUUUGUUACUUGUAACUAUGAUCAAGAGCAAAAUGAUAACAAAGAUGUAGAACAUGCUGUACAGAAUUUAACAACUUACAAAAAUGUAGUGUUGGGUGGCACAUUUGAUCGAUUGCACAAUGGUCAUAAAAUCUUAUUAAGUGCAGCUGCUCUACGUUGUACAGAAAAACUUACUGUUGGUGUAACAGAUAUUAAUAUGAUUUCUGGCAAAUUACUAUGGGAGCUUAUACAACCAUGUACAAAAAGAAUAAGUGGAGUUAAAGAAUUUUUAGAAGAUGUAGAUCCAUCAAUAACAUAUGAUAUUGUUCCUAUCAAUGAUUUAUACGGACCUACUAAAGAAGAUCCAACAUUAGAAAUGAUAGUUGUAAGUGAAGAAACAAAACGAGGAGGUGAUAAAAUCAAUGAAUUACGUUUGCAAAAAAAUUUAAGCAAACUAGACAUUUAUAUAGUAGAAUUAGCAGGGGAUGAAUGUUAUAAUGAAAUUGAAGAAGCAAAGAUUAGUUCUAGUAAUCAUAGGAUACGACUACUUGGUACAAGACUCCAAGCUCCUAGGAUAAAUGAUAAGCCUUCAGAACCAUAUAUUAUUGGUUUAACGGGUGGUAUUGCAAGCGGAAAAUCUUCAGUUGCUGAAAAGUUGGAAAAACUUGGUGCUGGCCUUGUAAAUUGUGAUAAACUAGCUCAUGAUCUAUAUUUACCUGGAAAAGAUUGUUUUCAUGCAAUACUUGAACAUUUUGGUUCUUCCAUUCUCAAUUCAGAUGGAUUUAUAAAUAGAAAAUUACUUGGUGACAUAGUGUUCAACAAUAAGGAGCAAUUGGAAAAAUUAAAUAAAUUAAUCUGGCCUUUAAUUUUACAAGAAGCUAAAAAACAAAUAGAUAUUCUUUAUUCAAAGGGUUAUAAUAUCAUUGUGAUGGAAGCAGCUGUUUUGAUUCAAGCUAAAUGGCAGAAUGUAUGCCAUGAAAUUUGGACUUGCAUCAUUCCACAAAAUGAGGCUAUAAAACGAAUAAUGAAUAGAAACAAAUUAUCUGAAGAAGCAGCAAAGUUGCGAAUUGAAAUACAACCAAGUAAUACAGAGCAAGUUAAAGAAGCCAAUGUUGUUAUAUGUACUUUAUGGUCUCAUGAAAUUACACUAGAACAAGUAGAAAAAGCAUGGAAAGAAUUAACAGCAGCUUUAGUCAAAGAACGAAAAUAAAUAUUUAUAAAUUUUUCUUGUUCUAUAAUUAUGGAAAAAUUUAAUUUUUAUUUGUAAAUAAUAUUUAAUCAUUUUAUUCUGUGAUACAAUUUGUAAUUAAAAAAUAUGUGAAGGAAAUGUUGGUGAUCAGGUAAAAUGUAAAUGAUAAUACAGAAAUAGAUCUUAAUAUCAUAAA